GGUGAGAGCGCUCGGCAGAUACGGACUUCAGCUUCCCGCGCGGCCCACGGAGGUGGGCCUGGCAGCACGCCCCCACCACUCCGGGGUCCGCCGGGGCCAGAGCUUCCCUGGCCGGAGAAUUCCGGAGUGGGAAGGGCUAGGCUCGAGGCACCAACUCUACCUCACGUCCUGGUUUGCCCUGCUGAGGGAAGGCGGGAUCUACUGGCCAGACCCUGACAGCCUUCCCCAGCACCUGAGGCUUCGGCCCCACCACGACUCGCCUUUGCCUACAGCAUGCAGUCCCAGGAGAGUGGUGUCCACUACAGCAGGUGGGAUGACAGCAGCCGGGAGGAAGUCAGCAUGACCGCCAUGUCCAGCGCAGAGGAGGCCUCCUGUUACAGGAGGAUCUCCCAGAAGCUGUGCUCUGGCAAGCUGGGGACGGCCAUGAAGGUGCUGGUUGGAGUGGCCCUCUUCUGGGUCAUCUUCAUCUCGGGCUACGCCACUGGCUACUAUGUGCACAAGUGCAAAUAAAUGCUGCCGCACUCCCAGCCCUGGGGAUUCCC